UUCUUUUCAAGUUUUGUUAAGACGCUAUAACCUAAUAAUGUCUGAUGAGGGUGAGGCUAAACGUGAGCUGAGUGGUAAUGUUUCGAAUUGCAGGACUAUUUAUCUGUAUGUUCCAAAUAUAAUUGGUUACAUACGGAUAUUGUUGCUUGGAAUUUCAUCUCGUCUUCUGUACCUUGAUUGGUAUUUAGAAGGUACAUUCAUCUACAUUGUAUUCAUUGUUCUCGAUUUCAUUGACGGAUAUUACGCACGCAAGCUGAACCAAUGUACCGUAUUUGGUGCAUUCUUUGAUACAAUGAUAGAUGUUUUGGGGGAUACGAUGAUGUUAAUGCAUAUCGCAAGGCGAAAUCCGAGUUACUUUGAUUUGAUACAGUUCCAAAUUUUCAUUCAUCUAAGUUGUGGUUUUUUGUCUACUAGUGCACAUUGUCUGUGUGGCUCUGUGGAUGCGAAAUCUUCUACGUGGACUUUCUUGAGGUUUUUUUACGAUCAGCUCCUGGAUUAUAUAUUGUUUGCACAUAGUAGCGGUCUGGUUGCAGUGCAUGUUUCCAGUUACACUAUGGGACCGAAAGUGCCACUGUUACCGGUGCAACUGGUCCCUCUGAUGUUGCUCAUCUUGUGUCCUUUUUCCUUCGUGUGGCUUCUCUCCAAAUUCGUCAGGAUAUGCGAAGCAUUGAUGUUGUAUCAAGAUAUUGAAACUAAGAAGCAGCAUGAAAAAUUCAUCUAACUUUUCUUUAGACACAUGGCCAAUCAGUUGGAUCUAUUCAAGUUCCUUUUGACAGCAACUUAUAACUUUCGGCUCAAUUAUUUCCUUAGAUAUAAUGUUCCAAUAUAUGCUAUUGUUAAUAGUAACAUAUUAAAACUACCAUACUCAAACAAA